CAAAGUUUUUAACUGUCUAACUGAUUAGAUCAACAUUAAAAAUGGCAGUAAAGUUUGUUGGUAUUCUGAUGGUUGUUAUACUCAUGGGACUUGAACAGGGUGUAGAAGGAGGUCACGCACACAGUUACGCUCAUUUCUAUGGACCAGUUGAGGGUCCAGGACAUGAGGUAGUUGUACAUGAUAAGCACGGUCAUCAUAAUGUUGAUUAUGUUGCUCAUCCCAAAUAUGAGUUUGCAUAUGGCAUUGAGGAUCAUCAUACCGGCGAUUAUCAUAGCCAGAAAGAGCACCGAAAUGGACAAAAUAUUGCUGGUGAAUAUUCAAUCAAAGAACCUGGUGGAAAUAUAAGAACUGUAACAUAUCAUGCUGAUCCACAUGGUGGUUUUUUUGCACAUGUACACAACUCUGGAGGCAAUGAUCAUCAUGGAGCUUAUUCUGGACAUCAUGCUGGUCAUUAUUAAAAUAUAAUUGUUUAAAAAUUUA